AUAUAUUAUCAUAUAGCCAGGUGACGUUGACCAAUCAGAAGGCUCUGUGGCUGUGUCCUUCAACAAAGAUAGCGUAACCCUUUUUGGGGGCUGAUCAGAUAGUUUUUUGCUGCCAAAACUCGACCCUAAAGUUGGACUGCAAAACCGACAUUCUGGUGGCGGCCGGCGCGGCCCUUCCCGCACGAAUUUUGCCCGAGGUGUUCGAGUUGCUAGGGCAUUGCUAAGGGGGGCGUGGCUUCGGGAUUGGUCUAAUAGACCGAGGCAGGCAACAGCCUAGAUAAAAACUAGUUCACGAAGGGACGAACUUACAAAAGAUGGCCCUUGUUUUGGCUUUGGGAGCAGCGCGUUCACGGUUGCUCGCGUCGUGGCGAGCCAGCAAACUCCUGGGCAGCGUUCUCCGACUGACGGAUGCAAACACAGAAAGGUGUGUGGCAGCUGCAGCCUCGUCGCUGAGACCGAGCUUGGGCUACCAAAGUCGGUCCCUGGUUGUCGGCAUGUCGCGUGUCCUACAAAUCGCGCCUAAAGGAGCGCGUAGCAUGUCCCAGGAUCAGCAUCAGGCUUCGCCAGGCAAGGGUAUGGAAAGGGCGACGUUAGUGGGCAGUGAAGAGGUAGUGGAAGUGGAAUGGUCAGUGGGAGGGGUGAGCAAGUAUCCAUAUGUCUGGCUGAGGGACAACUGUCAGUGCUCCAAGUGUUUCGCGAAGGAACACAACAAUCGUCUGAUUAUGACGUCAGACAUAGAGUUGGACGCCGCUCCCGUCACGGCGGAGAUGUCAGAUAGGGGAAGCACGUUGCUGGUGACGUGGCCGGACGGACACCAGAGCCAGUACGACUGGCAGUGGCUGCGGGACCGCUGCUUCAGUCCCCAGGCCAGGGCGGACAGGGAAACACGCGGGAGGAAUAAGAAACAGCUAUGGGGCGCUGACAUCUCAGCUGACCUGACCGUCCAUGAUUUUCCCGCCCUUUUGUCAGACGACCGCGCCUUGUACAACUUCCUGUACGGCCUGGACAAGGUCGGCCUUGUCCUGGUGCAGAACGUGCCACGUCAGGUCGGGCAGGUGGAGAAACUGGCCAAUCGCGUGUCGUUUCUCAAACAGAAUGUUUAUGGAACUGAGAUCAUUGUGAAGAGCAAACCUGACGACGUCCGUACGAGCGAGGCCGACUCCACUCGCCACCUGGAAAUUCACAAUGACGAGCCCUACUACAGCUAUGCACCUGGCGUGCAGAUUCUACAUUACAUCGAACAGACCGAGGGGGAGGGGGGCACAAGUCUACUUGUGGACAGUUUCAACGCCGCCUACCAACUGAAGGAAGAGGACCCAGAGGCAUUUUGGCUUCUCACCACCUUCAAGGUCCACUUUAUCCAAAAGAAGGCCAAACACAAGUCCCAUAUAAGGAAUGUCUGCCACGUCAUCAGCUUGGAUGACCAGGGAGAGGUGCAGCGGGUGAACUACAUGAUGAUCGCGCGGGACUCGGUCAUGGACGUGCCGCUGGAGCAGGUCAAGCCGUUCCACCGAGCCCUGAAGGCCUUCAACGCGCUCCUGUACCACCCCAACAACUGUCUUCAUCUCAAGAUGAAAGCAGGGGAAAUGUACGCUGUGGACAACGGGCGGACACUACACGGGCGCACGGCCUUCAACGCGGCGGACGGCGUCAGGCACCUGCGCGGCGGCUACCUGGACUGGGACGGGGUCUACUCCCGCAUGCGCGUGCUCCGGGAAGACCUGGGCAUCAUGGAAUAGUCAGAUCUACGUGUAGUGUUAUCUCCGAGCAGAUAUGCCC